AAGUGUCAGUCAAGAACGCUUUAUUGCUUGAUGACAAUCCCUCGCGCAGGACCGGUCUGUUUCAAGAGUAAUCAGUCAAUCCGCAUUAAUUAUCCGUGCGUCCCCUCCUUAUAGUGUAGCUCGCGCUGGCACACAGACGAGAGAGAAGAGAAAGUGUGUGUGUUAUGCUUUCUACACACACCGAGCAGACGAGCACCCACCCAACCCCCCACCUUUUAAGUGAAAAAGAACCAAUAAAAAUCAGGCAGUAAAGGGCUUUUUCUUGUCACUAAAUAAAUUAAAUGCAGAUUUCUGCUUUAAGUGCGGGACCCCUUUUGUGCAGGCGAGGAACAUACUUCUUUAUUGUCCCGAUGUCAUUAGUUUUAAAGACAACGGUGCUGGAGAAUGGAAUGGGAGAGAGAGGUUGGAAUGUGAUUUCUUCUAUAUAAAAGAAUCACAACGAAAUUAAUGAAAAUUAUAUAUUUUUUAUCUAGAGGAAGGCGAUUCUGUUUAUCACUGAGUAUGCAUGCACCACCUAACUCGAUGAAAGCAUGUGAAAUGUAGGUUGAAUAGAAAACUGCCUGUCUUACAUUAGAGUGAUUUUACUAAUGUAGUAUUUCACACUUAGGCUAUAGGUCUGCGUGUAUCAGCCUAAUGGGCACUAAUGCAUAAAUUACAAUACUGAAAUGUAUAUUUGGCACAUUUGGGGCUGGACAGUGAAUCCUCAAUUUUGAGGAAUGGAGCAAGUCGGUGCUCACAAUAUCGAUGAUCAGAUUGUGUGUGUGUGUGUGGACAAGUGGAGGCUCCAACCCAUCGACAGGCCAAUGGGGUCAGGACCCAUGGAAUGCGGGGUGCAUAUGUAGAUUGCGAUGCGAUUAGACUAUUGAAUUAAUACGUAUAAGUCUAGGCUCCUCGUUUUACAUUAUUUGAUUUUAAUUAUAUUUAUUAGUUCACGUCAUUGCCAUUGUCCACGGGGGAUGAUGUUGUAUCAUGUUUGAUGCCGCUGGUCAGAUGUUGGGAUUUUGGUGUUUGCUGUAGUUCUACCAAAAGGAGAUUGAUUGAAUAAUGCCGAUAUAUAGAGUGCAUAUCUAAUGUUUCCUCUGAUGUUUGACUGCUCAUUAGAUCUACACCAGAGAUGCAGAGUGAUCAUUUUUGUAGUCUGGGAUUUUUUUGGGCCUAAAUGAUGGUUUUGCAGUCAAUUAGAAAUUCUAACAUUUGUAAAAAAUGUAUGAAAACUAAAACACUAACAUCUUGAUUAGAUACGUAUUCAACCCCCUGAGUCAAUAAGUAAGAAUCACCUUUGGCAACAAUUACAGCUGUGUCUUUCCGGAAAAGUCUCUAAGAGCUUUCCACACCCAGAUUGUGCAAUAUUUGCCUAUUAGGCCUAUUCUUUUCAAGAUGACUCAAGCUCUGUCAAAUUGAUUCUUGAUCAUUGGUAGACAACCAUUUUUAGAUCUUGCUAUUGAUUUUCAAGUAGAUUUGAAGUCAAAACUGCAACUCGGCCACUCAGGAACAUUCACUGUCUUCUUGGUAAGCGACUCCAGUUUAGAAUUGGCCUUGUGUUUUUGGUUAUUGUCCUGCUGAAAGGUGAAUUCAUCUCUUCUAGGAUAUUGUCUGUGCAUAGUUCCAUUCCAUUUAUUUUUCAUUCUGAAAAAGUCCCCAGUCCUUAACGAUGACAAGAAAACCCAUAACAUGAUACAGCCACCACUAUGCUUGAAAAUAUAGAGAGUGGUACUCAGUAAUGUGUUGUAUUGGAUUUUUCCCAAAUACUUUAUAUUCAGGACAAAAUGUUAAUUGCUUUGCCACACUUUUUGCGGUAUUACUUUAUUUCCUUGCAAACAUGUUUUGGAAUAUUUGUAUUUGGUACGUGCUUCCUUCUUUUCACUCUGUCAAUUGGGUUAGUAUUGUGGAGUAACUACAAUGUUGUUGAUCCAUCCUCAGUUUUCUCCUAUCACAGCCAUAAAACUCCUUAACUGUUUAAAAAUCAUAAUUGGCCUCAUGGUGAAAUCCCUGAGUGGUUUCCUUCUUCUCAGGCAACUGAGUUAGGAAGGACGCCUGUAUAUUUGUGGUGACUGGGUGUAUUGAUACACCAUCCAAGGUGAUAUUAAUAACUUCACCAUGCUCAGAGGGAUAUUCAAUGUCUGCUUUUUUUAAAAUGGAUUUUUUUACCCAUCUGCCAAUAGGUGCCCUUCUUUGGAGGCAUUGGAAACCUCCCUGGUCUCUGUGUUUGAAACUCACUUCUAGACUGAGGGACCUUACAGUGGGGUACAGAGAUUAUAUAGUUAUUGAAAAAUCAUGUUAAACAUUUUAUUUGUUCAUUUAUUAUUAAUUUGUGCAAAUUUGUGCAAAUUUCGAAAAACAUAACUCCACUUUGACAUGAUGUGGUAUUGUGUGUAGGCCAGUGACAACCAAAUCUCAAUUUCAUCCAUUUUAAAUUCAGGCUGUAACACAACAUAAUUUGGGAAAAGUCAAGGGAUGUGAAUACUUUCGGAAGGCGCUGUAUGUCAGCAUUGUUGUAGCAUUGCGUCAUAAACUAAUAUGUUAUAUUCAUUUUCAUUAUUAUUAUCAUUAGGCUAUUAUUAUUAGCUCUGUUCAGUUAGUGAAUUAAUUAUGAAAUCCUUCACCAUUAAAGCAAUGGGACCAUGCUGGUCCAUUCUGAAUCAUGCGAGAUUGGAUUUAGCCUAUUCUUAAGAGAGGGAACAUUUAAAACAAUUUAUUGUCUCCUUAUUUUCAGCCCUUCUUGAGAUAUUGUUGUUUUCUUGUAGCAAGCAAUGUAUGUAGCUAAGCCCAAUUCAUGGUAACAAGUAAAACAACACCCAUGUGAGGUAUCCUUGAACAGUUAUGGUAAUACUCCAAUUUGCGAUUGUAACGUAUCCUACUUACUGCGUGUAAAGUCGGAAAUAUCCACUUACUUAAGCAUGGUUAUUGAAUAGCUGGCAAUAAAAACGUACGCCAACGUUUUAGAAACACCGAUGAAAUGACACGAGUCCAAGGUUUUCUACCACCGAAUCCGAAUCGACCUCGCUCUCGCUCUUUAUCUCUUUUGCAAACUAAUCGUUUUUGUGGUUCGUAUCUUGGAAAAACAGCAUUCCCAUUUCAAAUAAGAGCUAAAUAGUUGUUGCCUGUCAUUGUAGCCGUUUUACCUUCCAUUUUCUUUAUGCAACGUUGUUAUUCCAUCGCAUUAAUCCGCAAAUCUAGCCUCUACAUUUAAUACAACAUGUAAUUUCCCCCUUUUUAACGUAUUCCCUUUGAUUUAGUCACUCUUGACUCUCCUUUUGCGCUGGGGCCAACGGGGUUCGCCGUGGGGGCGCCUUGAAACAGCCUCUCCUUAUCUCCUUUCAUCGUUCAACCCGGGGCCGCCUUGAAACCGCAGGGCCAGUAAUUGCUUUUUUCAGGCAGCCCAGUGCGGACUGGCCAGCAGCCAAUCAGAACCUUGUUUACAUUCUGUGAUUGACAGCACCCUGGCAACAUGCCAACCAAUCAGACACUUUACACAGACCGAACGCUCCAGUUUUAACCCUUUACUUCCAUUAAAAACAAACUGGGAAUGGACUGGGUAUAUUAGCCUAUAGCUCAUAGAUUUUUUACAUGGAAACACACAAGGCCAUAUCCUUCCUUUUUUAAUUGACUAAAUUAGGGAACCGUGAGCAAAACUAACCCCGAGGACAGUAAAUGCUAUCAAAUUACAUUGUGAUUCGAUUUCCCAAACCCUAUAUGUGUGUGUGUGUGUGUGUGUGUGUGUGUGUGUGUGCGUGUGUGUCAUGACAGUAAACAUAAACAGACCCCAAAGUUUUUACAUCCCGAGUUAUUUAGUCUAUUAUUUGAAUUGCUCCUGCAUUUCUGUUGUUCUUUAAUGACCUUUUAAUCUACUUAUUUUCUAUUAUAUUUACCAAAUGUUACAAACAUAUAUUUGUAGGCAUAAUUUAUAAAUAUGAUACUCAGGUUUAAGACCUUUUAAUACAUGUGUUAUUAAGCAAGUUAUAAAUCAAUUAAACUAUCAUCAAAACCUUUUGCCUAUUUCUGGUGACACAAGUAAGGCAUAAGUGUGAAGCUAUAAAAAAUGUUAUUGUAAAAUAAUACAAAUAAAAACUGCCAAUGUUAUCCAAACAUUUUUCAUUGUUUUAACCUAGUUUGGUGGUUGACGUGUAGGCCUCGUUAAUGUGAUCACAAAAUAUUCUGUUGACUUCCUAGUGAUCAAAAAGUGUAUAUUUUCUGCUUUUUACUCACAGUGCUGCCUGUCUCCUUGCGUUUGAGUGGAGGGCAUGCUGUUCUCUGGAAAGGGCUUGAAUCAAACGCCCGCCGUUUUGUUUUGCGAAUCCAGCAACUUCGCCAUUGGUUUACGGCACCAUCCAAUCGGAGACUCUGUUUAUCACGGGGCGCGUCUCACGGGCACGCUUCUCAUUGUGUUUACCAAACCAAUGGGCUUGCGCGUUCCCUUUUACUGUCCCUCCUUCGCGCGUAGUUGUGGCACUAGCGGAUACAGUGGGAGAGUUUCUGUGUGGAUGUGCGAUCUUCGAUUCACUAGAAGCCUGUACUUCUACGAUGCAUCUCUAUACCUCAACUGCACAAUACAAUCUGCAGACUAGGAUGUAACUAUUUCCACGUUUUUCUUUGUUGUACGCCGCUUUUUUUCAUUUGUAUGUUUUCGUACUAUUUUUUAAAUCAUUAAUUGUUAUGCAAGGAAUAACUUACCAAACAUGACCGGGACAUACCUUUUGGUCGGCAAGGCAAAAACUCGACUGAAUGCAAGACGACCUAUCCGAAGUUCAUAAAAGGGAUUAUUACAUCUGGGAAGCGUUCGAUGCUUCUGGCUUUUCCUCUGGAUUGGGGGAUUUAUUUCUUCUCGACAGAAUGGAAAGCCGGGAUUUCGCUCCUCCACACCACCUCUUGACAGAGCGGGGCGCGUUGGUUCACCAUGCCGCCUCUCGGAUAACUCCUGGCGGCCACAGCACCGUGCAGCACCCCGCUCAUUUCCAGCCCGGAAAAUACUAUCCCUCUCACAUCUCCAUGGCCCCACAUUCAGGUGCGUCGUUCAUGGGCUCAUUCCUGGCCAGCAGUUUGGGCUCUCCCCAGUCUCACCCAUCCGGCCCCCCUGCCUCCCCUUCCUCGCCCUCCUACAGGGGAGUACCUCACUCCAGUGCAUCUCCCAUCUGGUUCCCCCACUCACAUGAAGGGUAUCCCCGUUAUUCAGGAGGUCUGACCUCCCCCUUUCUUCCCAUGAGCCACUUGGAUCACCAUAGCAACAGCAGCGUUCUCUACGGACAGCACCGAUUCUACGACACUCAGAAAGAUCAUUUCUAUCUGAGAAGUCUGCCGUCCCAGCCCCCUCUUCUCUCAACCAAUCACAGCCUUCCGCCACUGUCUAGGACCGCCCCUGGACAUCCCCUGGGGUCCUGCAGCAGGGAAACAGACUCUGGGGAAGGAGGAGGAGGGGGAGGGGGAUCCCAAAAGAGCUCCAAAGAACCGGGGAUGGUGGAAAAGAGUGUGUCGAGAGAGAGAUCCAGCAGCAAAGAGAGGCCCCAGGAGAGCAAAGAGCGACAUCAUCAUCACCACCAUCAACAUCAGCCUCAUGCACUUUCUCACCCCCACUUCCUCCCCACUCACAUUGGUGAGGAGGACCACAGACACAAAACCCCCAACCUGCCCACGGAAUACAGGGACGACUCCGCAAAGCAUGGAAACGACCCCUUAAACCAGGGUGCCAAACACAUGACCAACUGUGCACAACUAAGUAAACUAUCCAAUGGAGACUCUGGGUCUGGGUCCAAGGCCGCAUCCCUGAACAGCUGUGGGGGUGGAGGUGAAGGGGGUAACAGACCCCAGGGGAGUGGUAGUGGGGGGGCGAGACGAUGCUCCAAGGAAGGGGGCGUGAGCGGGGAAAUGAGGAUAAGUGAAACUGUCCCCUCCUCCUCGUCAGACUGUCUGCGUCGAGCAGCCAUGAUGGGACCCCACAACCCCCAUGCCAUGGCUUCCUACUCCAUGCCCCCUCCCCCUCCUCCACCACUACAUAUGGGGCCUGCUGUGGGAGGGGGCUGGCUGCACCAUCCUCACCAUCCCCAUCACCCCCACCCGGAGUUCUACUGCCCCCCUCCCCCUGCCCCCCUUACUCUCACCCCCCCUAAAGACAGAGGAUCAGGGAGGGAGGCGAAAGGCUCUGGCCCUACGUACGUUCCGGUCGGGCCUUUUGGGGACAUGGGGUCCCCUGACUGCCGUGGUGCUGGAGGAGGAGUGGGUGGAAGCGGAGCUAAAGAUGUAAAAGGGGCAGAGAAGAGCGGAGGAGGAGGAAGAGGUGGAGGGUCUAGUGAAAGUCUUCAUUCUCUUCUUAAUCCCCAUCAUCCUCAGUCUAGUAACUGCCAGAGGAAGCCGUCGUCCCAGACGCAGCAGCCCCAGCCCCAUCAACAGCAGCUGGGCUACGGCAAGGCAGACAAGCCUCCAGACUGGAACCAGAACCACAAAUACAACCAACACCACCACAGCCAGAACAACCAGCCCAAAUCCCAGCCUCAGCCCCAUACCUCUAACCCCCAGUCCCACCACCCUAACCCCAAGCCCGGGCCUCGCUCCUGCAGCCUAGAGGCUUCUUCUUCAAGGGGAGACUUGGAGGUCCUAGAGGUCUACCGGCCCUCCCUGCCUCUUGAAGCCCAGAGCGCUUACCCCGGGGUUGGGCACCAUGCCACCAAGACUGGGCCCUACGCCAGCACCCCGCCCUUCCGGGACUGUUCACACUCAGCUCCUCCUGAGGGAAAGGGGGGGUCAGGGGGGAGAGCCCAAAGAGUGGGGCAGAAGGUUGCUAGGAUAAAGCACCAGCAGCACAGUAGUCAUGGCAGCGGGUCAGGUUCUGAUGGAUCAGGGACUGAAAGGGGGAGAGAGGGGGGUAGGCAGAGUCAGAAUCAGAAUGGUGAGAGUGGUGUUGUCAUGGGGUACGGGGUUCAAACGCCCCCCACACUGCACCCUUGGGGGGUACUAAGAGGUCCUCAAGAGGACGAGAGGAGGAUGUCCCCCCACACAGAGUCCUACCCCGAUAACAGGACUCAAAACCCCCAUGACCAACAGCAGUCUAUGACAUCGCCUCACCCCUCUCACCCUCACUCCUCCCCCAACCCAGAGGGAGAGAGCAGCGCCAUGAAGAACCUAAUGAACUACAGUUCGCAGCAGCCUUUGCUGCUCUCCCAGAGGAGUCCCUUCGGGGGGCUGGGCUGCCUGAAGCAAGGCGGCGAGAAGGGAGUGAAGGGGGGUAGACCCAGCGCCCCUCAGGAUCCCCCCAAACAGCCCCUACCCCCUAGGAGAGGGUCCACUGGCGAGGGGGAAAGGAUGGACGGAGGGGGAAGAGGGGGGAGGGAGGCGGGGGAGACACACGGAGAGGGGGAGGUGCGACAGCCCCCUGUGGGUAUAGCUGUGGCGGUUGCCCGGCAGAGAAGCCCCCAACGCCCGUCUGAUACCCCCCCAGGACACAGCCGACAGGGCAGGGUGCUGCCCAGCAUCAAAGGUAUGUCUCGCUCUGUGUACCCGCUGGGCCGGGAGGCAGAAGAGAGGAAGAGGAUGACAGAAGAGCAGCUGAGCCUUCAUCACCUCGACCGAGACAGAGAACUCCUCAUCAGGGAAAACAAGGAGAGAGGGGAGUUUGCCAGGAUCCACCCAUCCAGCAGUUGCCAUGGUGACCUGACCUCUCACCUUCUGGUGCCCGGCGGGGCCAGCCAAUUAGGUGGAGACCCUUCUGCUCAUGCCCACCACCAUUGGAUGCAGCGGACUGGAAGUCCCUCCCUCUGGAUGGGCCAUUCAUAUGGUCUGAGCCAUGCUGCUCUGCACCAGAGUAUGGGCCCAGGGUUCGGCCCUGGCCUGCCCAGCCCCCUGCAGCCUGUCCUGCCUCUGUCCCAGGACCCCUCUGGCUCCCUGGUGGUCCUGCCCUCUGAGCCUGGAGCUCACCACCACCUGGAUGUGAUGGACCAGUCAGCUCUGUGGCCCUCGGUCUACGGAGCCCGAGGUCCCUCCCCCCACAUGCAGCAUCACGCUGUUUACUCCCGUUCGCCGUUCCUACGGCAACAGGAGCUCUACGCCCUGCAGCAUCAGCACCACCAGCAACAACACAGGGCCAUGGAGCACCUCCAUCGGCAACACACACUCUCACAGAGGAAGGCAGAGGACACCACUAUCACCAUUGACGACCCUCCUCUCCACGACACUUCGAGAACCUCCCGUGCUGCUAAGCCCUUCUCCCAUACCCCUCCCUCCAAGACCGCCCCUCCCUCCCAGGGGGUGUGUCCCAGCAGUCGCCAAGCACCCUGCUGCAACUCCCCUUCCAGGAGAACACACCCCCAGAACCGUUUAAAUCCCGCCCCCAGCCCUGCGGCUGCAGCCCCUAGAUCCCCAGCUCUAAGCCCUGCCCCCUCACACCUGUUGAAAGGAGCGGAAAGAGGGGAACGAGGAGAGGGGCAGCCGCCUCAGGAUUACCCACAAUCCUUAGAGCCAGAUCUUCCACCGGGUUACACCUAUCCAGAAAUCACCAUGGGUUACAAGGCUGGUCCUUCCCCAGAGGAGGCCCGAUUGGCUGAACAUGCUGAUCUGGAGGUGGAGCCAGCUGAGCCCUGCCCUAAGCCCUGUCCACACACCGUGAGGAUUGUGGAGGAUGAGGAGGCAAAACCAGAGAAGAAGGAGAACGGGUGUAAAGUUGUAGAAUCUAGUGGAGUUGUAGAAAGGGAACGAGAAGGAGCAGAGUUGGAGGGCCAAUCAGUAUCUGAGCCCCCACUAUUUAGCAGUGGAGUGAAGACUCUUGAAAUGGCGCCGUUUCCUGCCCAAGUUUCAACCUCAGCCACAUCCCCAGCCAUACUUCCAGCUCCAUCUCUAGCCCCAGUCUCUGCUUCUGAGGAUGCCCAGAAAGGAGAGGUCUCUGUGGGCGGCCUGGUCCAGCCAGCUGGCUUGAAGGACCCACAACCAGCACAAGCAAAGAAAGAUGAGAAGGAGGAAUGUUCAGCAGAAUUGAAAAAUAACCACCUACCAGAUUGUACUGUUUCCCUGCCCCUUGAGCUAACUGGACAUGGGGAGAAGGAGGAGAGAGAGAAGGGUGAUGAUGUGGAGGAGAAGGAGAAGGAAGAAGUUAGGAUGAGUACGAGUGAAGCCUCUGUAGAGAUACUAAGCAGCCCACGGCCCUCUCCAGCCCCAACCUCAGCCUCCACCCUCAGUGAUGAUCCCUGCAUCUGGAGUCUGGAGCUUCUUAUUGCCGCAGCGUUGUGUGCCACCCGGGAUGCCUGCUACCCCCCUGUGCCCCCCUCCAAUACACUCCUGCCCGCCCCGUGCCCACUCCCACACAGAGGCAUGGAGAUCCUGGGAGAGUUGGCUGAGCUGGGGAUACUGCAGAGGAACAGGGAGAAGGAGAGAGAGACAGGAAGUGAGGAUGUUUUGACCUUUGACCUGCGUAGCCUGGCGACCCUGGCUGCGGCCCGCAGUCUGGAGCUGGGGGGAGGAGCUACAGGGACGGGGGAGGGGCAGCAGUGUACCGUCAGAAGGACCCUCAACCUGCGACGGAAAUGCAGCUGGAUGCCUCGCCACGAACCGGUGUGUCCAGUGAAGGCUGCCAUGGAGACGAUGGAUGAGGCGGAGCUAGCGAUGCGAGUGCAGCUAGCGGAGAUACAGAGACGUUACAAAGAGAAACAGAGAGAGUUAGCCAAGCUGCAGAGAAAACAUGACCACCAGAAAGCAGAGACCUCUCACAGCCCUGUUCGCAGACGACCUGGUCGCCCCCGGAAACGCAAGUCUACCCCGGGUCCCAGCGCCUCAGAUGGCCCCAAGAGACUCAGGGCGGAGGAUGAGGAAGCAGAAGGGGAUGGAGAGAAGCGGAGGAAGAGGAUGACCAAUCAUGGCUUCCUCAAGAGGAGGAGAGGUCGUCCCAGCCUGAGCUCCAGACUAGCACGGAGGGUGACCCAGCUGAAGCAGAAGGCUGUGGCCCAGAGAGGUGCCCCAUCAGGGGGCAUGCACCGCCACAGAGUGGACCCCAGACCUGGAGCCCACGCAAACUGCAGAGAGAGUGACAAAGCAGCAAAUACAUCCAGUGCCCAGCAGGACUGGGUGCCCAAUCAGGGGGUGAGGAGGAGGAGGGGUCGGCCAAAGGUCAAACAGGGCGGACCAUCGACCAGAGUCCUCCGCAGAGCGGGCGAGGACUCUGUGAACCAGGAAGUGAACGAAGGGAAGAGCAACAGCGAGACCUCCGGCCAGGAGGAGGAAGAUGAGGGGAGCUAUGACAGCGACAAAGGAACCAAUGACGUCAAGACGACGCCACCAUCCUCCAAAGACACGCCAAUGAACACUGCUGCGAUUGGCCCAGCCGCUAAGCUUCAAGCCAAUCAGAAAGCCAGGAGCAAGAAGGAGAGGCAAGGUGAUGAUGCAAGCCUGCCCAGUGCGGAGCUGAGGAUGAGAGGAGCCCCCUGCACGCCACGUCCUGCUACUGCAGACCGGAGACGCCCAGAGCUCCAGGAGCCACAGGGGGCAAGGAGAGAACCUGUACCUAACUGGAGGGCCUCAUCAGUGGGCAACAGCCUCGAGGACAGCAGGGGGGUCCAGGGACCUCUGGCGGAGGCCGAGAUGAAGAGCUCAGAACCCCAAAGCAUUCUGGGACAGAGGAGAGGCUGCUGGCUGGAGACUGAGACCCAGAGAGAGGACACCACCAGAGGCAGGAAGAGCAGGAAGAAACAGGCUAAAGGGCGUGCAGUGAGCCGGCUGCUGGAGAGCUUUGCGGCUGAUGAAGGAUUCCGAUUGGACGAGGAGAGUAGCUUCUCCGAGGGGGAGGAGGAAGACAUGGAGCAUAUAUCUCACACACGCAGAGCACCAGCAGUGCUUAACUGUGUGCUGAGCAGGGAGAUGCUGGUGGAUGGUCUGAAGGUGUUGAUAUCUAAGGAGGAUGAGCUGCUGUAUGCUGCUCGACUACACACUCUGGACCUGCCUGACAUAUUCCGUGUAGUGAUUGAGGGGGAGAGGGGGAACAGACCAAGGAUCUACUCUCUAGAACAGCUAUUAGAGGAAGCGGUGUUGGAUGUGCGGCCACAGACGGAAGCCAUCUUGACUGCCGGGAUGCGUGUUUGUGCCUACUGGAGCGAACGCUCCCGCUGCCUCUACCCUGGAUACGUCCACAGAGGGGGUCUGGGAGAGGAGGAGAAGGAGGGCAGUGUGAUGGUGGAGUUUGAUGACGGAGACAGAGGAAGAAUCUCUCUGCCCAACAUACGCCUGCUACCCCCAGGUUAUCAGAUACACUGUGCGGAGCCAUCUCCAGCCCUGCUCUCACCUGGUCGUCGUGGUCGCAGAAGCUCCACCCAGGACAGUACAGACAAGCCCACAGAGAGACCAACCAAUGGGGAGACAGGAGGGAGGAGCCAGGAGCGGAGACCAGUAGGACGACCCAAAAAGGUCAAGCCAGGGGCCAAUAGUUCCUCAACAACAUCAGAGAGUGUAACCAGUGGUAACACUUCCUCGUUAAGCUGGCCAGCAAAGAGACUUCCAGUGGACUUCUUCCUGUUCAACGGGACGUCUCGUAAAACCCACCGAGGGGGUCACCAGCGAGACUUGGGGGUGUUCCACCGCCCCGCCACACACCCCUUUGCCCCUCCUGCUCCCCUCAAGGGCAUCUUCCGUUCCCCAUUCGAGAUCGACUCCUUCAGUAGCAUCGCCAACGGUUACGCUGGAGCCUUCGGUACCGGAACCCAACGGCCUGUAACCACGGUUAUGCCUCAGGGGCUGAGGGACUCUGUCACCAUGACAACAGCACCCUCCAACAGGAAGUCGAGUGACAGAGACAGAAAACAGUUCCUGGUGAAGCUGGAUCACGAGGGUGUGACGUCGCCCAAAACCAAGAAUGGGAAAGCUCUGCUGCGUCUGGGGGGUGGCAGGGGGCACAAGGGUCCCUCUGCAGGGGUGGCGGGUGCACCCCUGAGGUACAUCCACCCUGCUCUGGUAGUGAAGGACAGGAAGAAAGGAGGAGGAGAGAGUGGAGUGUCCAGGUCUGAGCUGCUCCUGAAGGGGGCUCCAGCCCUCAGAAAAGGGCUCCCCUCAUCUGGUUUAGGGGGUCUGGGGGGAGAGUUUGGAGCUCUGGACUGCCCCAGCGACUGCCCCAGCUCUUACUCUGAGCUGGAUGAGGAUGAUGAUGAUGAUGAUGAUGAUGAUGGAGAUGAAGACGUAGCUCGGAGGAGAGCAGCAGCAGCAGGUGCGGGACGUUUCCUCUCCCGUCUCUCCGUCUGCUCCUCGUCCUCCUCGUCUUCUUCCUCCUCCGGCUCCCUCUCUUCCUCCUCCCUCUGUUCUUCCGACAAUGACUCCUCCUACUCCUCAGAUGAAGAAGGGUCUUCAUCCCUCCUUCUCCACAGAGCGCUGCUCCAGCAGCAGAAACACAAACACAGGCAGAGCUUGACCUCUAACCGCUUAACCCCUGACCCCUCCACUAACCCCAAACCUAACGCCGCCUCCUCAGCCUCUGCCCAACCACACGCCUAUGUUGCCAAGGCAGCCAUGACCAUCACCGGAGGUUCAAAGGUGAGAGGAAGUGACAGAGGAGAGGACAGGAAAGAGUACACAUCAAAGGGAAGGACUAAUAGUAGCAGUAGCGCAGCCAAAAACCAAACCAAGAGGAGAGAUGGUUCCGGCUCCAAUACACACAUUGCGAUUCCCAACACACACACUUCGACCCCCAACACCCCAGCCUCCCAGCCCAAACCUCCCAAGGACCACCCAGCAGCCAAGAGGCAGAGGAUGUUGUCACCGGACCCCCAUCCCAAUAUGUCCGCCCUCCUGCCGGGUCGCCAGCUGUGGAAGUGGUCUGGAAACCCCACGCAGAGGCGUGGUCUGAAGGGUAAGGCCCGUAAGUUGUUCUACAAGGCGAUCGUGCGUGGUGGUGAGACGGUGCAUGUGGGGGACUGUGCUGUAUUCCUGUCCCCCGGUCGGCCCCAGCUGCCCUAUGUGGGGCGAGUGGAGAGCCUCUGGGAGUCCUGGUCCUCCAGCAUGGUGGUCAGGGUCAAGUGGUUCUACCAUCCCGAGGAAACACGCCUGGGGAAGAGGCACCACGACGGAAAGCAUGCUUUGUACCAAUCAAGCCACGAGGAUGAGAAUGACGUCCAGACCAUCUCACACCGCUGUCAGGUGGUCAACCGAGCCGAGUACGAGCACCUGAUUCGCAGACGCAAGUCAGGGGGCGGAGCUCAGGACCUGUUCUACCUGGCUGGAACCUACGAACCAACCACAGGCCAGCUAGUCAGCGCCGAAGGCGUGGCCAUCGUCCCCUAGCAACAACUAUGGAGUGUAAACAAAACAAAGCCUUCAAGAUGGCUACCUCAUCUCAUAAGGCUGGACCGAGCUACUGGCGCUGGUGUCAGUGAAGCAUGGUUCUGUCCAGAACUAGAGAGUCCAGAAAGGAGGAUGUUCCUUGUUCUGGUUCUAGUUCUUGCUGGUUCUGGAUCUUGGUUCUUGGUCUUAUUUGGGUGUGGACGAUCCCAAACCCCAACAGGGAUAACAGCACUUUGGACCGCAGUGGAUUCUAUUAUCAGCACGGGAGUCAUCUGACCUGAAGAGGGACUUCAGUACUCUACUGACCUAAAACAAAGACAAACAGUGCCCACUCUACACUCUGUCUCCAAUAGUUGUUUUACAGUCUAUCAUAGAGUCAAAGACUGUCAUAGACUGACUCUUAGGCAGUCUGACAAAGAGAGACUCACCAGGUUGUUGCUGUAAGUGAGAAUGUUGUUUUCACUUCUCAGCCUAUAGAUCUGGUUAUAUAGAAUACACGAAAGAGACUGGGAGAGAGAGAGAGAGAGAGAGAGAGAGAGAGAGAGAGAGAGAGAACGUAAGGAGAGGAGAGGAGAGCAGAGACUGUUCUCUCCCCCUUCAGGGUUUAAUGGUCUUUCUGGUGCCCACACUGGUCUGAUGAUAAAUGAACAACGGCAGGAUUGAGAAAUCCCAACAGGACCAAAAACACUGUAGUUCUGAAGUGUGUGUGUUUGAGAGUGAGAGUAUGAGUGCGUUUGUGUGCUGAGUGGUUGUAAUGGAUGCAUUUGGUACUUGAAGAGCUCAGAGUAAAUAGUGCUUUAGCGUGUGUGUUUGCUUGUCUGUGCGUGCGUGCGUGCAUUGGUCUCUAGUCUAGACCUCACCAUGGAAAACCCUCAAUGUCUUUAACACUCAGAAAGUAAACCUACUAAACGUAAAUCUAGAAAUAUUAAUUAAUAUAUAGAUCGAUUUACUAACAGCUUCUUCUCUAGACAAAAAAAAGACAAAAAGGAUGAUUAUUUCUCCAGUCAAGCCAUACACUUCAAUACCUCUCAUAUCCUCCUAUUCAGGUGCAUAGAUGUACAGCUUAAUUAUUUGUCUAUUUCUGUGUGUUGUACAGCAUUAUGUAUAAAGACGUUAUGAUUAAACUGUACAUAGUAUACAUAUAUAAUAUACUUGAAGAGAGAAAUAUAUCCCUCUUUGUUUCUCUUUAGGUUGUGUUAUUUUUCAAAUAUUUUUCUUUGAGUUGUUCUUUUGGCUUAGGGAGGAGAAAGUUUUAGUCCUCUCUUCCUGCACUGAGUAUGUGGUGGGGAUGGGAUGGUAUGGGGUCCAUGAGGGGUAAAGCUGUAAAUAUGCUACAAGGGAAGGGUUCAAGUCCCAUUUUUGGGAUUAGGGUGGAUUUGGUGACUUGGGAUGGAAGGGGAUGUUUUUAUAAGAAAAGUGGAAAAGGCUUUUUGUGUCGACAUCAUCAUUGGUCUGUUUUGUAUAUUUUUCAUAUAUGUUUUUAUUGUGUCUAUUGUUAUGUACUUAUUCUCCUGAGGGGGUUUAACAGAAAUAUAAAUACUGGACAGAAACCAAGUUUCUUCUAUUUGCUGAUCCUUAAAGAUCUAGACCAGAGAGUUCUAGAAGUUCUAUAUCUAUAUUAUAUUCCUAGAGGAGAUCUAUGUAGGUAUUUAUCUGGCCUCAAAAAAACAAAACCAAAGCGCAUCUAUGUUUACGCUUGAUCACAUUAGAAUACAAUAUGAAGAAAUAUACAAAUAUGAAAAUAUUCAAUCUAAUCAAAAUUCCGGGAUCCUGCAAUCAUAUUGAAGUAAAAUACCUGUGUUCCCUCAUACCUGUUGGCAUAGAACAUCGCUUCACCACCAUGUUGCCAUGGGAGCAACGUUUUCUUUCUGCACAUUGCCCGGCUGUUGCACUUGAAGGCUCCAUGACAACCGUAUAUGACAUCACAUGAAAGUAGAGGACAAUCAGAGCCAAUCAAAAGAGGGUAAUAUAUAUUUAGAAAAAAGAUCAAAUCAAAAUUGUGCUUAAUCUUGUUCCUGCAUUGCCAAAAAUGUCUCUUUCUGUUUUUAAUAUUUUUAUUUUGCCAUUGUCUUUUUCCUGACUGUUAUGCAAGCCUGGGGUGACUGUGUUUUCAGUGUUGAGGUUUUUACAAGGACAACAUUAAUGCCUUUUCGUUUGCGACGUACAUGGACUUUUUUAAACAUUGUUGCUGUUACACUGCGAAGCAAAAGCUUUAAAAGAAAUCUAAUGUGAACAUCCAUAUUAUGUUACUUUUUGUAGGUCUUGAAACCAUUUUUAAAAGGCUGUAUUUUCUUAAAGAAACACUGGAUUCAGUUCUAAACAUCACAUUGGGUAAAGUGUCAUCAUCCUUGUGCAACCUGUUUUGGAGGCCCACUGGAAACAAUUUACUUUGUAGGAUUGAUAUAUACUUUGUAACAUUUGUCUCGGUCAUUGUUGGAAACAUGACUAAAAUAUUUCCCCUGUGUAAAAAAAAAAGAAAAAAAAAGAAAAGUUAUUUAUCUUAAUUUUAUUGCCUUUGUGUUGCGUUUCAUUAAAAAAAACACUAAAAAUGA